UGCACAUGCUUAAAGAGAAAGUCAAGUUAGUUUUAAGAAACAGGAAUCGGUAUUACAGUUACUCAGUUACUCUACAAAGUUGAUGCUGAACACAAGAAAUGGAGAACGACACUAUUUUGCUUCCGAACGGACACUUGAUGCCAAUAGUCGGUUUUGGUACAUGGCAGGCAAAUGAAGAAGAAUUACAGGACGCACUGAACAUUGCUUUAGAGGCAGGAUACAGACAUAUCGAUACAGCACCAGUAUAUGAAAAUGAAAAAGUAAUUGGUCACGUUCUUAAAAAAUGGUUUGAUUCUGGAAGAAUUAAACGAUCUGACAUUUUCAUUGUUACGAAGCUUCCUGAUGUCGGAAAUAGACCAGAAGAUGUUGAAACAUGGAUAAAAAGAUCUUUAAAAAAUUUGCAGUUGGAAUAUGUAGAUCUAUAUUUGGUUCACACUCCAUUCACUUUCAAGAAAGUUGGAGACGAUUUACAUCCUAAGGAUGAAAAUGGACAGAUACUACUUGAUCUUAGUACAGAUCAUGUAAAAGUUUGGGCUGAAAUGGAGAAACAAGUGGAAUGCGGACGAGCUAAAGCAAUUGGGCUAUCAAAUUUUAAUAUCCCUCAAAUCAAACGAAUUGUAAAAAAUGCGAAAGUAAAAGUAUCAAUGCUGCAAAUUGAAUUACAUGUUUUUUUCCAACAGAAAGAACUGGUAAAGUAUUGUAAUGAGGAAAAGAUCUUUAUAACAGCCUAUUCGCCGCUUGGUUCGCGCGGUCUUGUUAAAUUACUAAAUAAAACGGAAAAUAUCCCAGAUAUGUUACAAAACGAUGUAGUACUAGAAAUAGCAAAAAAGCACAAGAAAUCACCUGCACAAAUUUUAUUGCGUUUCAUUGUACAAAACGGAAUCGUAGUUAUCCCUAAAAGUACAAACCCUCAAAGAAUUAAGGAAAAUAAAGAACUAUUCGAUUGGAAACUUAAACCAGAGGACAUGCAGAAAUUAAAAAAUCUCGAUCUUGGUGAAUCUGGCAGAAUUUGUGAUUUUGAAUUUCUUAAGGGAGUAAGGAAUCAUCCUGAGUUUCCUUUUUAAACCUUUCGUAGAUUCGUAUGACUUAAAUAUGUACACUACAAUAUACCAUUUACUAUACUCAAAAAUAGUAAUUUUAUGGAAAUAAAUAUUUUUAAUUGCUUGUGUAUGUUUUAAAAUUCUAUACAUAAAUGUAUUUUUAAAAGAAUUAU